AUGUAUCCAAAACCACGAAGAACAUCCAGCAAGUCGAAAGAAGACCGACAACGUCUUAUCCGACGUUUAGAUAGAGAUUUGAAGAAUUUAGAAACAAAGAGAAAGAAAGACCAAGAGAAGUUGAAUCAAGUUGUUAGACCCUCCAAGAGAGAGAAUUACAUCCGACACGAAUUAUUACCGCGAGCUAACUCUGACGAAUCAGUAUCGGACAUUCACAAAGAAUACGACGACUACACAACACCACCGGACACACCACCGGCAGCACCCUCGACAGCACCCACUGAAGUGCCCGAGCCUGAAUCAACACCCUCGACGACACCCACCAAAGUGCCCGAGCCCGAUCGAACAUUCGAGCAGUCAACACAGACUACGCCUGAGCAACAAAACAUUUUUCAAGCAGCAUACAACCACUUCAAAGGUACAUUCACCAACCCCAUCUACAGUGACGACGAACGACCAAGUUUCCUGUCCAGCUUCACAGACUUCACCAGACCAGCACCAUUUUUGCCAUACCGGCCGAUCUUCACAACACCAAUAUAUCCCACAUUUGCUUCCAACAUCUACCGAAGCCCGCUAUCAGCAAGACCUUUCAAACACGCUUUCGACUUCAACGCGCCAACAAGACAACAACUCGACUUCAUCAAUUACAGUCACACUCCGAUAUACCCAGUCAACAGCAGUAAAGACGAACAACCCGAAUCAUCCAAUAGUCAAGCACUCGACGUCAACACCUCACACCGAACUGCCGAACAGCUACAAUCAUCCAAAAACAACGAGAUCGAUGAACCAAUCGUCGAUGACAACAAUCUUCCACAACAACCACAAUCACCACACAACUAUACAUUCGAAGAACUCUUUGACAAUUUAGAAGAACAACCACAACCAAAACAACAUAACUCCGACAAAUAUGUCGACAACAAGUUCAAACACCAUCUUCCUAAAAUCAACACCGGCAAGCAACCCGACACCGACGACGACGUCGAUGACACACCAGAAAACAAUCCCAACAUAGAAGAAAAAACAGAGAAGAGUCCACUAAAUAACAACAACAUUUCACCACCACCUUCCUCUUACACCAACUUUGCUGUUGACCCCGACAACCCCUUGCUACAAAUCACCUUAGGACUCCACAGUGACAACUUGACAAAACAACCUCGACAAUACCGACAUUACUACCAACAGCAAAUGCAGUCACUACCGCCGUCGCCAACAUACAUGUCGGAAGACACGUCUCCUAUCCACUAUUUCAUGGUCUGA